UGAACUUCAAAUCCAUAAAAUCAGAGCUGGAUGUUGUACAAAUAUAUAUAAAUAUACAUACAGUAUAUCCAGCCUGAUAUACCUGAUGUACCAGAAUGGGCAACGACGGCGUGAAUAAAACGGACGACAUGAAGAGCAGCUCGCUCGACGAGUUCAAGCUGGAGGCGAUGCGCUCCAUGGGCUGGACCGUGGAGGCCGACAUACCCAUGGCCAAUGAGGAGAAUCUGGCCAUACUCCAGCAGAUGGUUGGCAUGCGCGCUGAGAAGUUCAAUCUGCAGCAGCGAAUCGUGGCCCUGGAUGAGCGCGACAAGGCGAUCGAGCGGCACAAGCGGAAUAUUGAGGCCACGCUUCAGCAGAACAUUACAUUCUUCAACUCGGUGAAGAACGAUGUCCUGAAGGAGGCGCAUCGAACACAGCUGGUCAUAUUGGAGCGCAACAAGCUGAAGGAGGAUGUGCGAAAAAAUCAAAAGGAACUGGCCGAGUACACGGAAUAUGCGGAGCACACACUACGUAAAAUCACGAAAAACAAGCGAGAAAUUGAUGAUCUGACGAAGCGCAUUAAGACGGCCAAGUCGAGCCUGGUCGACUGGGCCGAGGCCAUGGAGGAUGGAAACAAGGGCUACCAGCUGAUCGAUCGAUACUACCAAGACGAUCAGCAGCGGGCACGGGAGCUGAACACGCGCCGCCAGCAGCUGCAGGCGGACAUCGAUAAGCGGCGCAAGCUGGUCGUUCAGCUCUACGAUGAGCAGAACACGCUGGAGAAGAAUCUGGAGCGCACCGCCUGCCUGUAUAGGGAGGCGCAUCUGGAGCGCCGCCAGAUGGUGGAGACCUGGAAGCAGGCGGUCAAUCAAAUGACACAGCGCGAAUUGGAGAUACAGAAUAGUGAGACGGAGUGCGCCCAGCUUAUAGAGGAAGCGGAGGCCAUGGCCACCGGCUAUCGAAAUGCGAACGAGCAGCUGAACGAUGUUCUGGAGAACAAUCGCAUGGUGGAGCAGGGCAUCGAAAUGCUGAAUACGGAGACCUCGGAGGCGAAAAAUGAAAUACAGCGCCUGAUAGAUGCGUCGCUGCUCAAGGAGCGCGAGAUUCUGGCCCUGCGUCACGAGCUCGAGAAUCUGUCCAACAUGGUGCAUUCGCAGCGCCUGGAGAAUCGCAAGCUGCUCAAGCAACGCGACGACAAGAACACUGAGAUUGAGAACUUUGCCCAGACGCUGAAGCAGGUGGAGGAUCGCCUCAAGUCGAUCGAGGACAAGCACACCGAUGCCAAUCAGCGGCUCCAAAUACUGGACGAGAUGAUGGAGGGCGAGCAGGAGGCGCUCAAUUUGCUAAACAAGGAGCAGCAGCGCUGCAACGAGCUGCUUUAUCGCGCCCAGCGCCAGAUUAACGACCUUAAAGAUGAGCAGAAGACCUUCAUAGUGCAGAGCGCGGCGCUGCAUUCCACAUUGCUGGCGGUCAAUCGCAGCCAGCGGCAGGUGGGGCAGGAGCUGAAACGCCAGACGGAAAUAUACUAUGAAAUGUCCUUCAAGUAUCUGCAGGGCGAGCGUCGUCUGGCCGAUUUGCGUGGCAAGAACGCGGAUCCCGAGACGGAGGCGCGCAAUCAACUGUUGCUCACCGAACUGGAACAUUAUCUGGCCAAGCUGCAGCGUCGCUUGAGCUCGACGGAGGCGCAGAACAAGAAACUCAACUAUAGCAUGAACGCUCUGGUGAUUGUCUACAACAACGAUGCCAAGGAUCUGGAGCUGGUCAAGUUCAAGAUCAAGGAGGCGCAGGUCUACUGCGAGGGCACUAUCAAACGGCUGCGCAUGAAUCGCUACGACAACUCCGAGUUUGUCGUGGAGCUAAGUCUGCUCAAGAUGCGCUGCUGUGAUCUCCAGAAUGUGAUCGACAAUUGCGAGAAGGGCACAUACAGUCUGAAUCAGCAUCGCCUGGCAUUCCAGCGCAUCAUCAAGGAUCGCUUUGUCGAGCUGAAGAGCCAGCAGGAUGUGCUGCUGCUCAAGCGCAAACAUCUUAACGAGGAGCUGAGCACCCUGCGCGCUGAUCUCGGCGAGCGCAAGAAACACAUUUCCGCCAUGCGCGCCCGCUUCGAGCUGACAUCCGCCCUGCUGGGCGUCAACGAGGACGGCACAUUGAUCACGGCCACCCAGCUGAAGGUGGAGAAUGCCCAGGAGCGACAGCUGCUCGCCGACGAGGGUGAUUCGCUCAACAAGAAGGUGCUCAAGGCCGAGAAGGAGGUCGUCGCCCUGGAGAAUACACUGCGUCAGUUUGAUAAAUCCAACGACAACUACCGCAAGAACCUAAAAACCUACGAGGACAACUCAAGGGAUGAACAGCGUGCCGAGGAGGAGCUUAAGAAACAGCAGGAGAUCUACUGCAGCGAUCUGGAUAAGCUGAAGGUGCUGCGCUGCAAGGCGGAGUUGCACGACAAUAAGAUCGAGGAUCAGAAACGUUCGCUGGAGGAGCUGAUCAAGCAAAUCGAAAUGGAGAAGCAGAAAUGCUCAGAAGAUGCGGACGCUUUGGAUAAACUUAACAAAGAGCUGCUGGAUCAAAAAUCGAAAAUCGAAAGAGCCAAUCGCGAGAUUCAUUCGCUAAUGAAGGAAAUCAAACAGAAGUCCAUUAGCACCGAAUACCUCGCGCUGUUCGAGCGCGAUCUCAAUCUGCAGGAGCUGGAGAAUCGCAACCGAAAGGCCUUAAACCUAUUGUCAGAUAUGGCCAACAGUGACGUGGACGGACCUCAGAUAAUAAACUAUAUGUUGAGCAAGGGACUGAAGCUGCCGCAGCAUUUGAAGCCCACACGCAGUUGUGUGUCCUCCAGGACAACCUCCUACUCCUCGCUGGAUUGCUACUCAGUCAAAGGUUACAGCGCACGCUCCUCCACCUCGGAGCUGAGCCUGGGCAAGGAGGAGAACAGCUCGGCGCGCAUUAGCGUCGUCUCCCUGGACUUUCCGCCCAAAAAGAAGAAAUAGUUUUCCACCAGUUUUCCUUCUGCUUGUUUCCCUCACGUGCUUGGCCAAUGAACUGUUUACAAAUCGGACAACCAAACAGAAACACGAAUAAAUCGCGCAGCAAGAAAGAAAACAACAAGAACCAUAAAAAUAGCGCACAACACAAAGCGCUGACCAAAUAUCAACAAGAAACCAGAGAGAGCAGCAGAUAUCCGAUAAAUAUAUAUAUAUAUAUAUAUAUAUAUGCAUAUAGUAUGUAGGUAUACUUGAUUAUAAAUAGCGUUGGAGAGUGCACAGCCAGCGCAUACCCUUGACUGAGUGAGCUGUCUGCACAAACCAGCCGCUAGAUACCCUUCCUAAUGAAACCUGAAAGCCUGGGCGCCCAGAUUAUAUGCUGAUAAAUAUGCUAUUGUCAACUAGAUUAACUUUACUAAUUCGAUCAUUAAAUGUUAAGCGAGCAGCAAAUGAAUUAUUAA